UUCACCAAUUUUCUUUCCCCACCCUCUCUCUAAAGCAAAGCCUGAUAAAGACUCAAGCUGUUCUCCUGCAGCACAAGAAUUGAUGACGAGAUUGGGUUUUCUCCUGGGAGAAGGGAUACCAACAUCUGCUCAUAUAGAAGAAAAAAACGAAUCCAUGUGUACAGUAGCCAGUCAAGGUGUCAGUCCAUGUUCUACCCUCACAAGCAGCACUACGUCUCCGAGCACUGAUAGCCCCUGCUCAACACUCAAUAGCUGUACUGGCAAAGCAGCAGCCAACAAAGGUAGUCCCUGUGAAACCAUGAGGAGCCCUAGCUCCACCCUGGAGAGCAGCAGUGGAAUAAUAGCAACUGUAACAAGUUCAUCAGAAAAUGAUGAUCGUAGCGGAUCCAGUUUGGAAUGGAGCAAGGAUGGGAGUCUCAGAGCUGGAGCACAUCGAGGAAUUGGUCACGAUCGAAGAACUGACAAUUGUUCACCAGUUGCAGAAGAGGAGGCCAUUGGGUCUGCUGAGAAUUUGCCAAAAGAAGUACCAACGGGAGAGGGUCCUGUUCCUUAUACUCAGAAUUCUGGAUCUUUAAUAAUGCCUCGUCCAAACUCUGUUGCAGCAACAAGUUCUACCAAACUGGAAGAUCUGAGUUAUUUGGAUGGACAAAGAAAUACUCCUUUACGCACUUCCAUUCGCUUACCUUGGCACAACACUGCUGGUGGAAGAGUGCAGCAGGAAAACAAAGCACGUUUUGUCACCUAUAAGCCUCAAGACAUUUUGCUAAAGCCAUUACUGUUUGAAGUGCCAAGCAUAACGACAGACUCAGUGUUUGUUGGAAGAGAAUGGCUGUUUCAGGCAAUUGAAGAAAAACUGAAGAAUACAGAUCUGGCAGAGAGCAAAGGAACAGUUAUUACUGGGAAUGUGGGAUUUGGGAAGACUGCUAUUAUUUCUCGCCUGGUGGCACUUAGCUGCCAUGGAAGUCGCAUGAGGCAAAUAGCUUCGAACAGUCCUGAUUCGUCCCCCCAGAGCAGCGAUUCCUGUCAGGAGAUUCCCUUAAGUCAGUUACCUCUGUCUACUCCUCCUCCAAGUGGUACCUAUACAGUGAGGACCAUGAAUUGUCCUGGUAUUCCUGACAACCAAAGUCAAGCAGGUGACUCUGUCAAACGCCUUGCCUCAAAGGUUGUUGCUUAUCAUUAUUGUCAAGCUGACAACACGUACACUUGUCUUGUCCCAGAAUUUGUGCACAGCAUUGCAGCUUUGCUUUGUCGUUCGAGUCAAUUAACAGCAUACAAAGAUCUUCUAAUAAAAGAGCCUCACUUACAAAGCAUGCUUAGCUUGAGAUCUUGUGUCCAAGAUCCAGCAGCAGCUUUUAAAAGGGGAGUGUUGGAACCACUUUCAAACCUCAGGAAAGAGCAGAAAAUUCCUGAGGAAGAGUACCUAAUUUUGAUUGAUGGUCUAAAUGAUGCUGAAUUUCAUAAACCUGAUUAUGGCGACACAAUUUCAUCAUUUAUUGCAAAGAUAAUUUGUAAGUUUCCUCCCUGGUUGAAGCUCAUUGUGACUCUGAGAACUAAUUUUCAGGAGGUAGCAAGUUCGCUGCCCUUUAUCGCAAUAUCCCUGGACAAUUUUCCAGACAACAAAGAAAUUCACGAUGACUUGAGUGCUUACAUUCAGUACAGAAUUAAUAACAGUCAGGAGAUUAUAAACAACAUAUCUUUAAAUGGAAAAGCUGAUGCGGCUAUAAUUGGGAAAGUGAGUAACCAUCUGAUCAUGAGAAGCCUGGGAUCUUAUCUCUAUUUGAAACUGACUCUGGAUCUUUUCCAGAAAGGUCAUUUAGUAAUCAAAAGUGCAAGCUACAAGGUAGUUCCAGUGUCUCUAUCAGAACUGUACUUACUUCAGUGCAACAUGAAGUUUAUGACAAACUCUGCGUUUGAGCGAGCCUUGCCAAUAUUAAACGUGGCUCUGGCAUCCUUACAUCCCAUGACAGAUGAACAGAUUUUCCAAGCUAUUAAUGCAGGUCAAAUAAACGGAGAACAGCAAUGGGAGGACUUCAGCCAGAGGAUGGAAGCUCUUUCGUGUUUUCUGAUAAAAAGGCGUGACAAAACACGUAUGUUCUGCCACCCUUCCUUCAGAGAAUGGCUUGUUUGGAGAGCGGACGGUGAAAAUACUGACUUCUUAUGUGAGCCAAGGAAUGGACAUGCUUUAUUGGCUUUCAUGUUUUCUCGACAAGAGGGAAAACUAAACCGCCAACAAACUGUGGAACUUGGUCAUCAUAUACUUAAAGCUCACAUUUUUAAGGGUCUCAGUAAAAGGACUGGAAUUUCUUCCAGUCAUCUUCAAGCCUUGUGGAUUGGUUACAGUGCUGAUGGACUGUCUGCAGCCCUCGCUUCUCUGAGAAACAUCUAUACACCCAAUGUGAAGGUGAGUCGGCUGCUGAUCUUGGCAGGUGCAAAUGUGAAUUAUAAGACUGAAGUACUAAACAAUGCUCCAGUACUGUGUGUUCAGUCACACCUUGGACAUGAAGAAGUGGUCACUCUUCUCCUUGAAUUCGGUGCUGCUAUUGAUGGAACAUCAGAAAAUGGGAUGACCCCACUUUGUUAUGCAGCAGCUGCAGGUCACAUGAACAUAGUUUCACUGCUGUGCAAAAGGGGUGCUAAGGCUGACUAUCUAGACAAAAAAGGGCAGUGUGCUUUGGUCCACAGUGCAUUGAGAGGGCAUUGUGAUAUCCUUGAAUAUCUUCUGAAUGUUGUUUGGACAGCUUCUUCUCAGGAACAAAAUUCACUAAGAAAAAGCCAAGCACUGCAGCAGGCACUGACAGCAGCUUCCAGUAUGGGACACUGUCAGGUGGUUUGUUACAUCUUGGCAAUUGAGAAGGAGCAUGAAGUUGACAUCAAUGACACUGAUGCCUUGUGGGGAGAAACAGCCUUGACAGCUGCUGCAGGAAGAGGAAAACUGGAAGUCUGCGAGUUACUUCUUGAACGAGGAGCAGCUGUGAGCAGAGCUAACAGGAGGGGCGUUCCGCCGCUCUUCUGCGCAGUACGGCAGGGGCACUGGCAGAUUGCUAAACUUCUUCUGAAGCAUGGGUCUGAUGUGAAUUUAAGCGACAAGCAAGGCAGAACUCCACUCAUGGUGGCUUCUUGUGAAGGACAUUUGAGCACUGUGGAAUUUCUCCUUUCUGCAGGUGCAACUAUUUCAUCUCUGGACAAAGAAGGGCUGACAGCUUUGGGCUGGGCAUGUCUAAAAGGCCACAGAGAAGUGGUUCAGUAUUUAGUUGAGAAAGGCGCAACAGUUGAUCAGACAGACAAGAAUGGACGAACACCUCUAGACCUGGCAGCUUUUUAUGGAGAUGCUGAUAUUGUGCAGUAUUUGGUAGAUAAAGGAGCAAUGAUUGAGCAUGUUGACCACAGCGGCAUGCGGCCACUGGACAGAGCCAUUGGGUGUCGUAAUACAUCAGUGGUGAUGAUGCUCCUGAGGAAAGGAGCUAAGCUAGGAAAUGCAGCAUGGGCAAUGGCCACCUCAAAACCAGAUAUUCUCCUUAUUCUACUACAGAAACUGAUGGAAGAAGGAAACAUACUGUACAGAAAAGGCAAGAUGAAAGAAGCAGCACAGCGCUAUCAGUAUGCCUUGAGGAAGUUUCCGAGGGAAGGAUUUGGAGAAGAAAUGAAAGCAUUCAAUGAGAUGAGAGUUUCACUGUACUUAAAUUUAUCACGGUGUCGCCGAAAAACAAAUGAUUUUGGUAUGGCUGAAGAGUUUGCUACCAAAGCCUUGGAUUUGAAACCUAAGUCUUACGAAGCCUAUUAUGCUCGAGCAAGAGCAAAAAGGAACAGCAGAAAGCUACUUGCUGCUCUUGCUGACUUACAUGAAGCCACAAAGCUGUGUCCUAGCAAUCAGGAAAUAAAACGUCUUCUGGCUCGAGUAGAAGAGGAAUGUAAGCAGUUCCAGAGAACACAGCAACAGAAGCAUCAGUGCCCACAGUCAGGACAGCAAAUUAACAACUCUGAUAAUGAGGAGGAGGAUGUUAUUCAAGGUGUGAAUGAGAACUUCCAUCUUCAAGAAAAAGAGGAAGAACUACCACACCCUGAUGAAUCUGUUUCCUCUCCACAAAGGCUGCAACGUUCCUUAGCUGCUUCAUCAUACACUAGAAACCAUCAAGACAGUGUUCAGCAGAAAGUGAGACCUGUGUCCCCUCAAGGCAGAACAGGCAAUAAAUAUCUGAGAGAGCCAGGCUUGAUCAUGCAGCCAACAAAGCAAGCACAGAUUGUAAAAACUAAUCAGCACCUGAGCUCCAUCCAGCCUGGAUCAAAACUGGGAAGUAAUCAAUGUAAUACAAAGACACAAUCACCUUUUCAGCAUCUUUCUCAAAGUCCUGUGCCAGUUCGACACUCUAAAAUUCAGCAUUUGGAUGGGACAAGCACAUUAUCAGCUGGAAGUGCUUCCACAGGUGCUAGUUCUGAGCUGUACAACGAGAAGUUCACAUCCAGCCAGUGUUCCCAUUCACAGCACUCUUUUGCAAAGAAAUCUAAAACCACUGACUCAUCACCAGCCCCAUUUCAAAUGAAUUUCAGUGAAGCAAGACAGCAAACUCCUGUACCCAGCACUGUCUCUUCUAGUUCUCCAUCUAGCAGUAUGAUUCUUGCCAGCUCAACCAGCAGCUUAACUUCAGUGAGUAGUUUUGCAGACAGCAUUAAGGGGCUAGGGCCAGACGUUCGAAUCAAGGAGAACAAAGUUAAUCAAGUUCAUGGUACCGCUGCUGAACACAGGCCUCGCAAUACGCCAUUUAUGGGAAUCAUGGAUAAGACUGCCAGGUUUCAGCAGCAGAAUCAGUCCGGUCGCUCUUGGCAUUCUCAGGCCUCAGAUGGAUUAUCAACAAAUGUUUCUUCUGGGAGUGUUCAGUCUUCUAAUUUUGAGCAGUUUUCAGUCAAACACUCUCAAACUAAAACUUCCUCUACUGUUAUUGUCCCAGGAGAGAGCAACCAGAAUGGUAUGCAAGCUAAAGUACAUGAGGAGCUUAAGUGUCAAACAGCUGCCUACUGUCAAGAUAAUAGAGCACCAAAACAAGUUCUGCAUUUAUACCAAGAUGUGCCAUCAAAGCAACACUCUCACAUCAGUAAGGAAGGUCAUUUAAGCCAUGUCACCUCUACAAAACCCAAACGAUCAUUUAUCGAAUCAAAUGUGUAAAUAUUAUUUUGUAUAUUACAUAGUUGUAAAACUUUGCUUAUAACAUCAUGGGGUGAUCCCACAAUAGUGGGAUAGCAGCUGGCUGCUGGUGAGUGCUCAGCCCAUGUGACCAGUGCUUUGUGGGGUACGACCACUUUAAGCUGUUCAUACUGACACAGUAACUGGAAUGGCCAAUUUGGGUAGGAAGAGUCAAUUAGGAUCAAUCAAUCAAUCUGACAAACUAGGACCUCACAUAGCAAAAUUCUUGCCAUGACAUUUUACCCCCCAAAAGAAAAUAUAUAUACGUAUAUAUAAAUAUAUAUAUAUAUAUAUAUAUUUAGCUUCUCCAUAGGGCUUUAAUCUUUGCUUUUGGUUGUACUGCAUCUCAUCACUUACACAAUAAUUGUGCCUCUAUUAUGCUUAAGUGCUUACUUCAAAGAACAGUGUUACAAAAAUAGAUGCUGCGUAUUCUUCAGAUCUGUAUAUUUUUUUUUUUAAAUCAAAGAUAAUAUUUUAUCACUUUUCUAGUGGGCUCUACUUUGAGGUGCAUGAUGUACAUUUAGGAAGCAAAAUUUGUGUAUGAGUAAACUCAAAGCAGUCAUGUUUUGAGAUGUAAAUAUAACUAUUUUUAGUAACAAUAAACAGUAACAUCUGCAUGUGUAUUGAAAGGCUUUGACCAUAUUGGUUAUUGCACUGAGUAACACAAUAUUACAGCAUGUUAAUGAUAAUCGCACUUUAUAUAGUUUACCUGAUCACCUUUGGGUGCUAUUUUAAAGCAAAAUUAUAUAUUGGCUGUUUAUUCAUUAAAAAAGGUACAGCAUUUUGAUAGGAAACCCAAGAAAUGAAAUGCAGAUGAAAGUUGGAAGAGAAGCGUGUGUGCAGCUAUGUUGUAGGAUGAAGUUGUGGAGAUUUUUCAGAGGAAAUAAGGUUUUAUAGAGGCAAGAAUAUUUGGAAACUAAAGAGAUGCAGUGAGACUUCUGCCUGCCAUUGGGUGGGAGUGGUCAACCUGAGGUUGUCACUUUUCAGGUCUUGUGUGUGUACAGUGGUGUAUUACCUUGUAAACAGCUGAAUGCGCUUUUAUAAAUUCUUUCCUGAGUUCACAUUAUUAUGCUUUAGCUUAUUUAUUGCAUACUAUUUCUUUGGUAUUUUGUACAAGUUUAUUAUUCUUGUGCUGUAGUUCUAUUUUUGCACAGCUACUGUAUUUUUUCCAUACAAAAUUAAAGUUAUGAUGACA